GAACUGGGCUUCAGUACUAUAUAGUUGUAUCGGGUUCUGUUUCUGCUUUUUAAACUUAAAGGGUGUCGGACCGGAUGUGUUGUGGAUAUUCUGCUUGCUGACUGUUUCAGCACAAACCUACUGAAUCAACUGAAGAACUUUACAGCAAACCAGCCUUCAUGGCACUGACAACCCCUACAGAAACACACCCCAUGAAAGACCGCAAUGCUUCAAGUCAUUUUGAAUCAGUACCUGCAGCGAGGGGCGAGUGGGCCAACAAAAGGGAGUUCAUUUUAGCAGUGAUCGGGGAAAUCAUCGGUCUGGGCAACGUUUGGAGAUUUCCAUAUCUGUGCUUCAAAAACGGGGGAGGAGUGUUCUUGGUACCAUAUGUUUUGAUGGUGCUCUGCUGUGGAAUCCCCACCUUCUUUCUGGAGGUGUCUUUGGGACAGUUGACCGGUCAGGGUGGAAUCACAUGUUGGAGGAAGUUAUGUCCUAUCUUUGAAGGAUUAGGAUACAGUAGUGUGAUUAUUAUGGUCUACACUUCAACGUACUACAUCAUCAUAAUGGCCUGGGCCUUCUUCUACUUUUUCUCUUCGUUCCAUGCUGUACUGCCCUGGGCCAGCUGUAACAACACCUGGAACACAGGGAACUGUUUUGAUAACCGCCUCAAUGAAUCAUUUUAUGGUCAUGCCAACAAAAAUGCAACGUCAUCAGUUAAUGAGUAUUGGCAAAGGAGAGUUCUGUCUUUGUCUGGAGGUAUUGAAGAAAUGGGCGGUAUGCGCUGGGACCUAGCUGGAUGUCUUUUACUCAGCUGGGUUAUCUGUUAUUUUUGUAUUUGGAAAGGUGUCAAGUCAUCAGGAAAGGUUGUUUACUUCACAGCCACUUUUCCCUAUGUGAUGUUGAUCAUUCUACUGAUCCGUGGUUUGACAUUGCCCGGAGCUGCAGAUGGAAUCCGAUUUUACCUUUCUCCUGAUCCAACACGUCUAGCAGAUCCUCAAGUGUGGAUGGAUGCUGGGAGCCAGGUGCUCUUCUCCUAUGCUGUCUGCUCAGGAUGUUUGCCAGCUUUGGGAAGCUACAAUAAAUUCAACAACAACUGCUACAAAGAUGCCCUUGCCUUGUGCACGCUGAACAGUUUAACUAGUUUUGUUGCUGGCUUUGCCGUCUUCUCUGUCCUUGGCUUCAUGUCGUAUGAGUUGGGAGUUGACAUCGCCACUGUGGCUGAUUCAGGUCCUGGUCUAGCAUUCAUCACUUAUCCUCGGGCCACAGCCAUGAUGCCUCUACCCCAAGUUUGGGCUGCCUUCUUCUUCCUCAUGAUAAUUUUUCUUGGACUGGACAGUCAGUUUGUGUAUCUGGAAGGUUUGGUGACGUCCAUAUCAGACAUGUUUCCAUCCUUCUUUUUUAUCGGCCAUCGACGUAAGCUGCUCCUGCUGUUCAUCUGUGCUGUCUCUUUUGUUUCGGGCCUGUUUAUGGUGACAGAGGGAGGACUAUACGUGUUUCUGCUCUUCGACUACUAUGCCUGCAGUGGAAUACCAAUCCUGCUGUUUGCAAUUCUGCAGUCUUGCUGUAUAGGAUGGGUAUUUGGUGCUGAUAGAUAUUAUGACAAAGUAAAGGAAAUGAUUGGCUACUACCCUUCAGCCUAUAUGAAAUACUGUUGGAAAUUCUUCACACCGCUUGUCUGUGUCGGAAUAUUGAUCUUCUCCCUGGUUAUGUUCAACCCUCUGAAAUAUAACAAAACCUAUGAAUAUCCCCCAUGGGGUUAUGCCAUUGGAAUAUUUCUUGCUUUGUCUUCAGCUGUUAUUACUCCUCUCAUUGGUCUGUUUUUCAUAGCUAAAACUCAAGGAACAAUAAAACAGAGGCUGAAAACCUUGUGCACUCCAGCAGCUGACCUGCUUAGUCAGUCACCCAGGAAGACCACUUACCCUGAAGUAGCUCUUUUAGAUACAGUAUCAAGCAGUGUGAACUUGCCUGAAAACCAGAAAAGAGACACUUAAGAAGCAGAUGUGUGUUCUGCACUGCAGCUGCUACAAAA